UAUGUUUUUUUUUUGCGUGUGUUUAAAAAGGCAGAAGCGUUGGUAUUUUUAUCCCCCCUAAUUUCCUGUAGGUCCUUACGCUUCCCUGCAAAAUGGGAGCCCUGCUGGUGCCAGUGCUGGAGUGAUGGGGACAAGAGAUGCGCUCAACAGCUGGUGGCACCAGGCCGUCCCCAUUUUACGUGUGUGCCUAUGUCUGUGUGCCAUCCCAGUCACUGAUCCUAGGCUCCUCUCUGGCCAUCAGAGCUGCCUCCCACCCAGGGGUGCACGUGGGUGCCUGCAGGCAGCGUUCCCCCUUCCUUGCUCCCUCCGAGCCGCUCUCCGGCCACGGAGACGGGGGCUGCCUGGCUCUGGUACACACUGAGCACCUGCUGUGCCCAGCACGUCCAAAAAUUGUGCCUUUUCCAUGUGUGCAUGGGGAUUUCAGGGCUCAAUGUGAGGUGUUUGAAGAGGUGGUCUCGGUCGGAGCCUGCCCGGAGUCGUGCUGCUUAAACGCGGGUUGUAGCUGCGUCGGGAGGGGUGUAAACGAGCGCAGUGUUGGAUCAGCUCCUUAAUGAGCUGUGCUGCUCCAAAUCUCGCCCUUGGAGGUGCGUGCGUCUCCCCAGCACAGCCGGGGAUAGGAUUUGGCCCGGUUAUAUCUGCGGUGCAAAAAGGACCGGAGGAUUAAUGGCCGAUCACUUCUCGGGCUGGCAGGAGCCCUGGGUCCCCACCUCGCCUGCAGCCACAGCGCGGGGCAGACGGAGGCACAGCUCAGCACCAGAAUCCUCCCGAUUUACCUCUCCCAUCUCCCCAUAAAAUGCACCGUCAGCUCCGCCACCAGCCAGCAGCGCUCAGCCUGCAGCCGAAAAACCUCCUGCCGUCACCCCGAGCCUCGGGGGCCGCCUGGGGAGACGCCGGGGAGCUCAGCCUCCACCGUCAGCCUCCUCCCGGCGCGUUGGCCGGCCCGGGCACGGUUUUGGAGGCGGUUUUGGUGGAGCCCUGGCUGGUUUGGUUCCCUACCUGCCCGUGCAUGUGGCUGAGCAUCGCGUCGGGCCCCUCCAGCGGAGCCUGCGCGUUGGCUGCAGUUUCUAUGGUUACUGCAGCGCCCGGGGAAGAGCAUUUGGCUGGAUGCUGGGGCUGGCAGGACCCGCGUCUCCCUCCGGAUCCGCCAGAAACUUGACAGGGAGCCGGCAGAUUAAAGCCAGACAAGAAAGGGCAGAGACGCGGCCCCCCCUCGACAAGUCCCUGCAGCUUGCAGGAGGGAGACCCUGGAGGGUUAGCAGGGCAAAGCCUUUUGCAGCAGAGCAAAGCUUUUUGCUCAACUGAAGCCAGGAGAGAAGUGCCAGGUCUGCUCUAGCCCAGCACAUCAAAUGGCUGAGCCGGACCCAGCGUGGUCCCUGUGAGUUGUGUGGCCUUACCAAGCACCAAACAUCCAGGCUGGCCUCUCCAGAGCCACGUCGCAUCUCACCAGCAGGAUCACGCCUGCAGCACCAUCCACGUGCUCUCCCCGGGUUUCAGCGCGCCUGCGUGGGUGGCAGCGGGAGCAGCCUCUCGGGGCUGGCUGCAGCUCUGCCUGCAGGAGAGCUGCUUGGAAGGCAGCCUGGGCUUCUGAAGGAACGAAACUUUUACUGGAAAUAAGGCUUUCCCCUCCGAUUUAUUUUCCUUGUCGUGAAGGCAUCGUGGUCGAUUCUGCUGAAGGAAAUGAAAGGCAGUUUCAGUCCGUGUUCUUAAAAUCUCUGGAUUGGUUUUGAGUCCGGUCAAAGGACGAAAGUUCUUGGCUGGUUUUUAUUUCAAACCUCUCCUGCCCCACUUGUCUGCCUGGAGAGCCAAACCCCAAAGCGCCUAGCUCCAAGGAGGGGAACAUUUUGCACAUGGGCCAGUUUGUGUUCAUUUCAAGGCUGUUUUUACUUGCUGUAGGCAAAUGUCACUGGGCUCUUUCUGGUGUCGCUUCGCUGUUCCCCAGCAGUUUCCUGAAGAAGCAGUAGGAAGCUGAACAUGUACAUACAUCUCUGCAGCACUCGGGUAUUUCCAAGUGAUGCAACUCGGAUUCCUUCCCUCGCCACCCCCCUUCCCCUGCAUUUCAAACCCUGUUUUGGCCUCAAAGUUCAGCUUGGGGCUUUUUUUUUUAUUACUGUUUCAGAGCUCUGGAGGCAGAGCGGGAGGAGGUGGGCAGCCCGGAGCGAGGGCGGUGCAGGCAGGGUGGCUGGGGAGGGAGAAGCUGCCCCGUCGGGGAGCCCUUGUUGCAGCCUGUAGGGCCGUCUGUGGCCGACUGUGUAACCCUCCCACAGUCAGGACCCAUCAGCAGGUGAGAAAUAAUAUCGGAUAUUUGCAGGCUAGCUGAAACCUCUGGAUCAGACUGGGAGCGUGCUGUUUCAUGUGCGAGACCUGCUACCCUUCUCUAAGGAGAUCUCCUUGAGCAUGUGUUCAAACAACAGGUUGUCCUCCUCUGCUGGAUGCUCCGUGAAGCUUGGCCAUUGCUUGAUGGAAAUUUGCAGCUUCCUACCUGGCCACGGCUUCAGGUUGCGUGUGUCAGGGUGACACUGCGAUGCUGCUGCUCUCCGUCCAGCGUGCGGAUGCUCUGCUGUAAGGUUUUGCUUGCUGAGGCUUUCCCCUUGGAUAUUCUCCCCAAAAUGUGUACUGUCAAUGGGUUUGUGACAAUAAACCAGCACGGGGGGGACCGUUCCCGUUUUGCUCAUCCUCAGCCUUCCCAGGAGGGCAGCACGGAGCCAAAGCCUCUUUGCUGCUUGCAAAAGGUGUAAGCAGGAGGGAUCUGUCCAGUGGUUUGCUCUAGCGGGACAUGAGACUGGGAUGGUGAGCUCAGAGAGGGGGAGGAGAGAUGUUUUCCUGUCCACAGGGACCUUACAAGAAAAAAUUCUGCCCUCCUACUGUAUAGGACAAACCCUUCUGCAUUAACCUGCCGGAACUUUCCAGUGAGGUUUGGGUUUUCUGAGGCCUGUUCUGGAGUAACCGGUGACAGUGCCUCCAGCCCGCGUGUGGGCUGAGGGGAGCCAACUUUCACCCUCUUGACUCAAUGCAGGACUGACGUCUCGCUUACCCUGAAGGUGCCGGGCAGACCUGAGUUUCCUGAGGUCCUGCUGUUCCCCACUUUAGCUCCCGUUUUCACCUCGAUGAGACCAUGCAGCCAGGACCACCCGUGUCCUCUAGUUCCUGCGUGCUGCAGCUCGUUGGGCAAUACCCCGUGUUUUCUGAGCCCUCGUGGUCACGCUUUGCACCUCGCCCACGUGUGUAGAGCUCUGCGGAGCCCUGACCUCGCCGUUCCUCCUGCUGCCGUGUUCCCGAAGCCCUCGGGGAAGGAUUUUGGCCGGGCCCCGCAACCUGUGUAUUUGUGGGGACCGGGAUCUCCAGCACCAAGGUGGGGAAACGCGACAAGCUGGGCGUUUUUGCCUCUCCUUUUUGCGGCAGCGUGGCUAAAGGCGGAGGCAGAUUUGACGGCACGCUUGUUUCACUACACGGGGAACGUCUGAUCCCAGGCACAUUGAUUUCACAGCACUUAGCCGCACAUUUCCUGGGCAGGAGUUCUGCAAGUGCGGGUUUGGUGCUGCUUUGUGUUCCCUUAUCAGAUGGAGAGCGAGAAAACAUCUGACACCAACACCGGGGCAGAGUGGGAGGAGAGGGAGAGUUUAAGUCCUUGGUCGAGUUGGUGGGAGCAGUUUCCCUUGCUGAUUAUGAAUUCACUGUUGUAGUUUGGCUGGGUUUUGGUUGCAGGGAGCACAGUUGGGAUCCCACUGCCUCCAGCAGAACCAAAGCUGGCCCAAAGGGGACCCAAGGGGCCCUGGGUGCAGGAGAGACCCCAGAGGAGAGGACCCAGCCUCAUUCAGCCUCCUCUCCCGACGGGUCCAUCCUCGUACCUGGUAAUGGGUCAAACCUGGGAGCCGUGACUCAGCCUGAACUUUCAGUGGCUUUUGCACCUGGCGAUUUAAAUAUCUGUCUGCAGGGGAGGUGAGCACCAAACGGCAUCCCUGGGUACCUCCUCGAGAGGUUACCUUCCCCUUUCUCCCCUCCAGCUGUUUGCUCUCUCCCUCCUGCCGCUGCCUCCCACCUCCACCCCGGCUCAGAAGAAUGGGACACGAAUGCUCCCACCUGAGCCGCUUCGGUACAAGGGCUGGCAGCAUCCUCCUUUCAGCUCCUUGGGGAAAGGGGCUUUAGGGGAAGCUGCCAGGCUUUGCCCAGGAGCCAUGGAGGAGAGCACGAGAGAUGUUCCACCAGCAGCAGGAGCCUCGGGCGCAAGGGAGCAGCCGAAGGAGCCGCCGGGGGUGGCGGCAGUGCUGAUAACAUCUGGACCCACCCGAGGAGAGCGCAUCUCCCGAUGCUGGGCUCCACGAGGAAGAAAAACCUUGAAACCAAGGAAACGAGGGAGACAAAAAGGAAAACGUCGGCUCCUGCGAGGCGGAGCAAGCUGGCUGCGGCACCCCGGGGUGAGGGUGGGUGCUGCCGUGCUGGGGCACAAAGGUGAGCGGUGGUGGUGCAGGAGAAGGGGGAGAAGGCGAAAGGAAGGGCAGUACGGGGGGGGCAAGUGGCAGAAGAUGGAGUCCUUCGCCUUGAAAGAGGGAGUGGGAACGUUUGGCAGGUCGGGAUAGCUCCACAAGGGAAGUCCUGCAUGCCAAGGUGGCUUCAGCUGCAGCCUGGGCCACUUGGAGGAGACUGUUUUGGUGCAGGAGGUGUGGUGGAAGAGGCGAGCAGAGGUUUUUAGGGAAGCUGUGGAGCAGACAGCAGCUGGGGUGGGCUCAGCAAGCCCACGAGGAGCUGGUCCAAAAGUUACGGGGACAGCUCGGGAUGGGGAGCACGUGCGUGCGGUCGCAGCCAUGGCCGUGCCCAGCACUGUAAAUCGCAGCGCUGCAGCUCAGAGGCUCCACUGAAGGAAAUAAUCCUGGCCAGGUUUGCGAAUUCCCCCUGAACAACCCCAGUUUUCCCCACCAAGCGGCAGCACCCCGCGAUCUCCAUCAUGGCACGUGCAAAAUGAUGCCAGGCGACACGAAGCAGCGUUUUGGCGAGCGGCGGCGGGCCGGGUGGGCAGAACCCGAUCUGCCCCAGUUUUCCCCCAUUUGGGCUGGCACUGAGCGGCGUCCAGCUUACAGGGGGGCACGCUGGCAGCCCCCCACCCCUCUCCCCGUGCCCCCCAUCCCGUGCUGCCCCUCGCACGGCGGCUCGCCCCGCUCCGCAGCCGCGUUGCGCCGGGGGACGGCAGCGUGCUCUUUUCCUGCGCGUCCCCCCGAGGGUUUUUUCCAUUACACAGGCAGAGCAAGAGCGGAGCUGCCUCGCGCGCCCGGCUCCCCCGCCUGCAACCUCUGGCACCGCUUUUCCAGCGGCACAUUGUGCAAAUGUAACCUUUCAGCAAGCCGCUCCUACGGCAGGAAGCCGUGGGGCCGCCGCUGCUGCCAGGAACGCAGCCGGCGCGGAGCUGGAAGGCAGCCCGUUAAUCAGAGCCGGCUGACAGCGAGGCGCAGCCUGCCCAGCAGAUUUCGGCUCCCUCUCCCUCGCCCGGCCGUGCCUGAGCCUCUCCCACUCGCUGCGGCUCGGCUGCGCUUUCCUCCUGCCGUUCUGCCUCCCUUUCUUCAUCCUCCUCAUCCUCCUCUUCAUCCUCACGGGGUGUCCGGCUGGGUUUGCUCCCUGCUCCGGGCUCCUUGCUCACUGCUGUGUGGGGUGAGACCUGCCCUCAGCGCAGGGCCUGGCGUGGCCAGGGGCAGGGGGGUCCCAGUGGGGGCUCCGUGUGCCAUCCCCUGCGGCCGAAGCACCCCCAGCACCCCCCACAAGCAAUGCUUGCACCCACACCAAGGCAAAACGCAGACCAGAGCAUCAAACCCAUCGCCACCUGGCAGCACCAUGCCCAGGACACUGAUGGAAACCCAUGUGUGGCUAUGGGGGGGGCUCACUGUGGGACAGAGCCCCCGUUCCUGAGCCCCCAGACACUGGGAGGGGGUCUCCCAGCAGGGACACCCAGCUGGGUGCUCCCCAGCAGGCACAGCUCAGCUGGACUGCAGCGUUUUGCCCUCUCAGAACAAACCAGCAGCAUUUUGGGGAAGCCCCUUGCCCACCUCCAGCCCGCUGGAAAACCCAAAACUGGAGCUGUGGGCCCCGCGGGGAGCAUUCAGGCUGGGGGAGGUGGCCGAGGUGACAGCCAGCAGUGUCACUUUGGGUGGAGUUUCCCCAAGCUGAACGCAGGCUCGUGCCCUGGGGGAGCCCAGCACAGAGCAGAAGAAGGGGCAGGAGCCCUGCUGUCACCGUCCCCGUGCCCUGGGCUCUUGCUCCCUGCCUGCCUUUAUUUUUCGUGUCGUUUUCUUCCUGGCUUCGAAGCAUUGAAGUGCUGCAUUGUAGCAUCUGAUUUUGUGGUAUUUCCAGCCCAGCUGGAAGCAGGAGGCACUAGAAACCGAGAGAUGGAAAGAAAGAAAAAAAAAAUCAAUCUGGCAAGAUUUCUUCUUGCUGCCGAGUUCACCAAAACCUGGGUGCUCGGAGAGCCUCGCUGCUGGCGCUCGAGCCCAGCUCUUCUCCUCUUCCGCCCUCUCCUAAUUUCUGGGCUUUGCUCACCCCAAAACCAUCCUCUCAUUCCCCAGUUGCUUUCAGGACACAACACAAAGCACGACCCGGGUGCCGGCGUCGGGGCCGGGCGGAUAACGCAGCCGCUGAAUUUAUUUCACCUUUUCCUCUGGUUGCGAAUUGUCCGGGAGCAGAUGGCGAUUUUCUCAAGUGUGUCCCUUCUUCGAAGGCGCUCACUGAGACAGCGACGGCUCAAACAAAUCCGAGCCCCCCUGCAAAGCCAUCAUUUGGUCUUCCCAUCUGCCCAGCCUCUGCUUUCGGCCUGGGCUCGGCUUCAGCCAGCUCCGACGAGCGGGGCAGGAUGGGGACGGGGUCGGGGUGGUGCAGCCCUGUGUUUGUCCCCUUAGUUCUGUGACACGGAGCCAUGACAGCCAGGGCAGCCUUUAGGGUUAAAAAAAAAAAUAGGGUGGAAAGCAUUUAGGGGUGAAAGCAGCCUGGCCUGGCCUGGUAAUCCUUGGGUGCCAGGGGUAUGAGGCAGCGGGUUGUUUCGGGGCCCCUCGUUCAUUAAUUAAAUGGAGGUUGUCAGGAGAUUUUAGGAUCCCAAUGCUGGGUUUUGGGGUUUUGGGGCUGUGCUCGUGCAGUGCCAGCAAUGGGCGAGAUGAGCUCGGCUCUCACCAACAAGGUGCCCAGUUCCAAACUGGGGAGCUGCCUCUCCGAGGAGGCGCCAGGGAGUUUGUGUUCAGCCUCCCCGCCUGGGCCAGGAGCCUCGGGGGAGGAAAGGGAUGCUUUUAGUGCACCCGAACCCCAGAACAGCCCCAGGAAACCUCACGUGGGGCUGCGCACGGUGGUCCCCAGGCCAGUGGCACAGCCUUCAGAGCCCCAAAAUGGGCUGAGCCAGGGGAACAUGCUCCUGGGCCCCUCUGCUCCCCUUCCCAGCUGCAUUUUUCCUUCUCCCCUUGUGCCCCCCCAGAGGAGGUCUGUGGGAAGGGGCCAGGACCCCCUUGCAGGGGACGUGGGGAGGGGGCCGCUGUGUAACCGGACCCCCCUGCGCGGCCCUGCGCCAGGAAUGCCUGCGCCGAGGGGGGGCUGCCAGGGGCUGACAAAGGGUGAGAGGCUUUAAAAUGCAGUUUCCUCUCCCCCUUCCACCUCCCCCGUGGGUUAAACAAAUACCACCACCACCCCCCGGCCUGGGGAUGCCUCCCCGCGUCGAGCAGCCCUUUGUUCCCAGGCUUUUGUUUCGGGAAGGGGCCGGGACCCCCCCCCCCCCCCCGGCCUCCCCCAGGGACCCCCAUGCGGACCCGGUCCUGAGCUGCCCGGGGUGCUGAGCAGGAGGCAGGGGGUGAGGGCUGGCUCUGUGCCUUGUCACAGGGCCUGGGGACACCCCCAGAGCCACCUCGGUGGCCGCCAGCUGCUGUCCCCCCCCCGCUGACGGCACGGCCGCUUUUUGCCAGUCCCUGGAGGCAGGAGAAGGGAGCUGCUGCUCGUCCUGUCCCCGCUCUGUCCCCUCCUGAUGUCACAUCGCCACCAGCCUUCGGGUCUUCACCUGGGUAUGGCCAUCGGCCUCACCCCCCGGAGCACCCCCAGAUGGUAAUGCACAUCCAGCACCCAUGGGACCUCAGAGGAGGGGGGCCCUGGCUGCGUCCUGGUGGAAAAAACCCAAACCAAAGCCUGGGGGUGCUGCAGAGACCCCUGCCCACCCGGAACCCCUCGGGUCACUUCUUAUUUCCCAUCCCAAAAGCCAAGGCACAAACGCCCUGGGCAGGCAUCGCUUCAGGCAGUAUCCUUCUGGAGCAAGAAGCUGGGGGAAUGAAACCUUUGGAGGGUGGAACAACCCCGAUAUGCCCAGGGAAACCUCCAGCCACCUUCCCUGCCCGUGACGCUGUUGUGCUGCGUAAAAGAAACUCCGGAAUUAACCAAAAGCAAAAGGUGAGACCCGAAAUGAACCCUUUGGAGGGCAGCCCCUGGACGGGAGCACUGCAGAUGUUGCCUGUUCCUGCUUUGCAUCAGGAAUCACACGAAGAAAAUAAAUCUCUGUUUGUUUGUUUGUUUGUGUGUGUGUGUGCACAUUGAAGCUGUGAAAGCAGCCCCGGGAUGGGUGGAAACAUUUUGUCCCAGCCUCAGCUCCCCCUUCCCAUCCCUGUCCCCAUGGCGCUGGGUGCUGACGCUGCUCCAGCCUCUCCGGCCAGCUGCGACCAGGGGGUGAGGAGCCUCUCGGGCCACAAAACCUCCUGGAUCCCCCCCCACCUCUGUGAUUCCCCAUUACCAGGAGGGGGAAGAUGCCCCAGGACACCGCUCCCUAAGGGCUGGAACCCCCAGCAAAGCUCUGCUGGGGUGGGGGCCGAAGCAGGAGGGCUGGCACAGGGCAGCUGGGGGUGCUCAGCACCUUUCUGUCCCCUGAGUUUGCAGCUGGAUGCCCCCAGGGAGCAGCACUGGAGUUGCACCAAGCACCCCAGCACCUGAACACCCCAGCACCCAGCACCCAGCACCCAGCACCCCAGCACCCCAGCACCCAGCUCUCCGGCCGCGGCACGGCCCCAGCUGAGCGCAGCGGGGAGGCUGCAGCCCCCCGGGGGAGAGCAGCCCCGCAGCCCCAGCGCCGCGCUCGUCACCCAGACAAGAGAUCAAUAACUAAUUUCGCUGCAGCAGCAGCGCGGGUUUUUUUCCAAUAAUUGUGAGCCGGCUGUUGGGAAUGAGGCUCUCAGCACCGCUCCACACUAACCUGCACCCGAUCAAUCGCCACACCGCUGGGGCAGCAGGAAAACUCAUUUUUCUCUUUUUCUUCCCUCUCGCCAGCCUCCUCCCGCUCCCUCCUGCCUACCCCCGGCUUGGUGCUGCCAGAGGGGCUUCGGACGAGCUUAGGCUGCGUCCCCUCGCCCAGUGGGGUGCGGGCUGGUGGAGCUGUCCCCAUGCGUGGUGGCAGCCCUGGGCUGCUCGUCCCGUGCCAGCCCACAGUCCUGGAGGUUUGGUCCCAUCUCCCGUGGGCCAGCACUGAGCAUCGGGCUCAGCAUCCGACACGAGGAUUGCAGAGGAGUGGUUUCACCUCUCCUUUGUGGAGAUAAGGAGCCCCCGUUGGGUGCCCUGGCUACCGGGCUGUGGAUUUAGUGGCCCGUUGGAGCCUUUACAUCAUGGCCCUUAUAUUUUCAGUGACACGGGGAAAGCUCUAAGAUUUCAUCCUGUGUGGGGUCGGUUUGCGCUAGCUCAUGAGCCCUGCUGAGUUUCUCCUCUAUAACUACUUCUAUGUCUGUAACUGCACCGUGCCUCAGUUUCCCCAUGCGUAGCUGCAAGAGCUGGUGCUGAGAACACCCCUCCUGCUCCCCAAGCCAGCCGGGUCUGGGCCCAGGGCUGGAGCCGGGGCUUGUUCCCAGCUCACAGGGCCUGGGGUAGGGCUUGGUUUUGGGGUCCCCGCACUGAUCUCUAGGGUCCCCAAAUCCAUGCAACCAGAAGGCAUCAGGGAGCGACGCUGCAUGCAGCACCCCCUGCUCGUGUGCUUCGCUCCAGCUUGGGGACGGUGCCGCAGGGGUGUGCAGUCCCCACCCUGAGCAACGGCCCCAGCAGGCAGCCACCAGAACGCAUUCAUGCCUUUCUGGUGAACCAGCUCGUGACUCCUACAAUUCAUAUUUUCCUUAACCCUCUUUCUAUGCUCUGAUUUUUUAUUUGCAUCGUGCCCUGGCUGUGUCGGGCUUGCAGAUCUCACCCUAGCACCACCUGGCCAGCAGCUACGAAUCACGAAGCAUCGGCCGUGCCCGGAGCAGCCGAGGUUGCUGC